AUGAGCGAGACGAGAGAGAUGAGCGAGACGAGAGGGAUGAGCGAGAUGAGAGAGAUGAGCGAGACGAGAGAGAUGAGCGAGACGAGAGAGAUGAGCGAGACGAGAGAGAUGAGCGAAACGAGAGAGAUGAGCGAGACGAGAGGGAUGAGCAAGACAAGAGAGAUGAGUGAGACGAGAGGGAUGAGCGAGACGAGAGAGAUGAGCGAAACGAGAGAGAUGAGCGAGACGAGAGAGAUGAGCGAGACGAGAGAGAUGAGCGAGACGAGAGAGAUGAGCGAGACGAGAGGGAUGAGCGAGACGAGAGAGAUGAGCGAGGCGAGAGAGAUGAGCGAGACGAGAGAGAUGAGCGAGACGAGAGAGAUGAGCGAGACGAGAGAGAUGAGUGAGACGAGAGAGAUGAGCGAAACGAGAGAGAUGAGCGAAACGAGAGAGAUGAGCGAGACGAGAGAGAUGAGCGAGACGAGAGAGAUGAGCGAGACGAGAAGGAUGAGCGAGACGAGAAGGAUGAGCGAGACGAGAGGGAUGAGCAAAAUGAGGGAGACGAGAGAUGAGCGAGACGAGAGAGAUGAGCGAGACGAGAGGGAUGAGCGAGAUGAGAGAGAUGAGCGAGACGAGAGAGAUGAGCGAGACGAGAGGGAUGAGCGAGAUGAGAGAGAUGAGCGAGACGAGACAGAUGAGCGAAAUGAGGGAGACGAGAGAUGA